GCGACUGCACCAGUGGCCCCUCUUGGCUAGUGCUGGCCCCGGAGCGACCCUCGCCCAGCUCCCUGGCCGAGUGGUCUGGGGGCAGGGCGGGCCUGGUUAGGCCCCCCUGAGGCAGAGUCUCACAAGUUCCUUCUCCAACCUGGCCUGGCACGGAGGGUGCUGGAGGGGAACCCACCGUCCUCCGCAGGGCAGUUUCGGCGCUCAGCCCCUCACUCCGCCACUCCCGCUCCCCACGCCCUGCGUCCGUUGUUGGGCGACAGGUGUCGGGUUACAGCCCAGGGGCUAUAGUUAGCCGCGGGACUUUGUGUGGCAAUCUGCGGAGAGCGCCGCGCCCGCCGACUCUAGCCCCCUGCUAGCCGCUAGCGCCAGCGCUGUCCUCCCUCAGCCCGCACAGCCUCCAGGCCCCGCCCCCUAACACGCCCGCGCCCGCCUGGGCGUGGAUCCAAGGAUCUCUCAAGUGGCGGGAGGAAGGGGCCUGGGGCCCAUCGAAGCCGGGACUCCAGCGCUGCAGGUCUCACUUUCACCUGGACUUCACCGUGCAGGACUCCUCCAGGGAUGACGCUGGAGGCUCUGCUGAUCGUCCUCAACUGCCUCGGCCUCCACACCCUCUGGCAGGCCCAGGCUGUUCCUAUCCUGCCCCUGGGCCUGGCUCCAGACACUUUUGAUGAUGCCUAUGUGGGCUGCUCGGAGGUCAUGGAAGAGAAGGCAGCCGCCCUGCUAAAAGAGGAGAUGGCCCACCAUGCCCUGCUGCGGGAGUCCUGGGAAGCAGCCCAGGAAGCCUGGGAGUACCAGCGUCGAGGGCUCACUCUGCCCCCUGGCUUCAAAGCCCAGCAUGGGAUAGCCAUUAUGGUCUAUACCAACUCAUCUAACACCUUGUACUGGGAGCUAAACCAGGCUGUGCGAACGGGCGGUGGCUCCCGGGAGCACUACAUGAGGCACUUUCCCUUCAAGGCCCUGCAUUUCUAUCUGACUCGAGGCCUACAGCUGCUGCAGGGCAGUGGAGGCUGCAGCAGGGCACCUGGGGCGGUGGUGUUUCGAGGUGUGAGCAGCCUUCACUUUGAACCCAAGAGGCUUGGGGACUUGGUCCGCUUUGGCCAGUUUGCCUCCAGCUCCCUGGAUGAGGCAGUGGCGCGCAGGUUUGGUAAUGCCACCUUCUUCUCUCUAAGGACUUGCUUUGGGGCCUCUAUCCAGGCCUUGUCUGUCUUCCCUGAGGAGCGUGAAGUGCUGAUUCCCCCCCAUGAAGUCUUCUUGGUCACUGGGUUCUCCCAGGAUGGAGCCAGGAGCAUAGUGACUCUCUGGAGCUAUAAUCAGACCUGCAGCCACUUUAACUGUGCAUAUCUGGGUGGGCAGAAGAGGCGGGGCUGUGUGUCGGUACCAGUAGGGCAGCCAGAGUCACCCUAUGAAGGGGCUUUCCCUCUGCUCUCGUGGAAGACCCCAUUCUUGGCCCCUGGGAAGUUCCAGCUCUCAGAAGCUGGGCCCUGAAAGCCAACAUUGCCACUUAGGAUCCUGGGAACUGGUGAGCCUCAUGUGAAGAAAACGGGCUUAAAACGGCCUUGAGAAGCAAGAGCAUGGUUCCGGACCUAGCCUUAGCAGCCGUCUCCUCAGUCCGGGUCUGGGGAGACCUGAGGCCAUGGCAGGGUUGAGGGAGUCCCACUAUGUGGUGGGGACUUCCUGGGACAAGCAAGGGAAGUGCUGUGUUGGCCACUCAAUUAAACAGUGUUGUAGUGUGGAGA